GUAGAGCGCAUUGUUGGUGGAAUCAACCUCAAGCUGCAACUUUUAGCUAGCUUUUGAUAAUUUGAACAUUAAACAUCCAUUUUAAGGCAUUUUUCCUGCUGCAGCAAAAUAACCGACGCCGAAUUUUCGUGCCAACAUGUCUGGAGGAGCUUUCCGUAGAUCAUCGGGGAAUAACGACUGUCGGAUAUACGUGGGGAAUCUCCCACCUGACGUCCGCUCACAGGAUAUUGAGGAUUUGUUCCACAAGUAUGGAGUAAUUCGUGAUAUUGAUCUGAAGAACCGGAGAGCGGGACCACCGUUUGCCUUCGUGCAGUUCGAGGACCCGAGGGACUCUGAGGAUGCCGUUUAUGGACGUGAUGGUUAUGACUACGAUGGCUACCGCCUUCGUGUUGAGUUUCCAAGAGGUGGAAGAGGAGGCGGAGCUGGUGGUGGAGCAAUGGGACCACCGAGGGGAAGGCAAGGUCCCCCCUCCAGACGCUCUGAGUACAGGCUUAUCGUGUCAGGCCUUCCCCCCAGUGGAAGCUGGCAGGACCUGAAGGAUCACAUGCGAGAGGCAGGUGAUGUAUGUUAUGCCGAUGUGUACCGUGAUGGCACCGGGGUAGUGGAGUUUGACCGCAAAGAGGACAUGAAAUACGCUGUUCGUAAAUUGGAUAACACCAAGUUUCGCUCCCAUGAGGGAGAAACGGCCUACAUUCGCGUGAAGAUGGACGGUCCCAGCUACGGUCGCUCCAGCUCUCGUAGCCGCAGCCGAAGCAGAAGCAAGAGCGCAUCAAGAAGCUACUCCCCCCGACGCGGCAGAGGGUCUCCACGUUACUCCCCCCGGCGUUCCCGCUCCCGCUCUCGUUCCCGCACCUAAAUUCAACUCAACCAAAGCAAAAACGUGCCUCAGAGCUGCAGAGGAAAUCGUCACAUCACAUAACAAAUCCUGUGUACUUGUUACGGGUCAUCUUGUGUUCCCUCUAUUCUCUGGCUUCUGUUGGGUUCCCUGUUCCCUCUGCUUUAGUUACGUUUUUUUUUUUCUUUGGUUUAUGCAGAAGAUCGUUUUUUGUGUGCAUGGCUCUGGCUCUGUUUCACUCUUAUUCUUUUCCUCUCCCCCUCUUAUCAACAUUUCCUCCUGCUAAUUGUCUUUCCUCCACACUUUUCCCUUCUUGCUUGUCCUUGUAUGUUUCGUGUUUCAUUUGUAAAAUAUUUUUACUUCUCUUAUACAUACACUUCUGUCCUCUGACCUUCUUGUGUGUCUCUCUGUAGAGUUCAGAGGAUCAGGAUAGGAUACGAACAGAGGAAACAGUACAUAUUAGGAUAAACAGAAGGAGGAGGAGGAGUCAAAUAUGGCACCAAUGGUAUGAUUGCUGUGCCCUGUCUAACUGUGAAAUCUACAUUAUAAGGCUCUCAAGUUUCUUUUCAUAAACUUGACAACUAAGUGUUGUUGUUUGAUGUUUUCAGAUGUUUCAAGUUUGUAUUUCGAGACCCAAAGUUUGUGGUGUUUUUUUUUUCUUUCGUUAAUCUUUUAGUACCUAAAGUCAAAGUUAUUAUUUUUUUAUUUUUUGGAGGGGAUUGUUUAUAAGAUAGUGUCUCUUUUUAUACUCAAAGUCCCACAUAGAUACAUUUAUUGAUAUUUUAUUUACAUAAUAUUCUCUGAAGGUGUGAUUCUAACUUGCCUCCUUCUCUUUGGUUCUGCUGGUAUUCUGAAGGUUUGGACUGGGCUCUUUGCCUCCCCAUACCGGAGCUGGAUCAGGAUUCAGGAUCAGAUCAGGAUUAGUUUUAGGCUUCAGGAUGGAUUCAUGGAGCAGUAGCACGGCAACAUUUUACUGGGAGAGGAUCCCGACCCCAGGCUCUGUCCACAUAACGCCCCCUCAAACCAGAAAUGUUAUUGUGAAAUUUAAAUUCACACUAAAUUGGCAAAUUAAAAAAAAAAUUAACCGAAUUUUUUUUUCUUUAUUUUGUGAUAUACCAGUGACAGAAUAUUUGAUGGCAUAGCGACAAGCAAUUACUUUUAGGGAUUUUAUUCUUACUUUUUUCCCAUUAUUAUAAAGCGGCAAAGCUUGGCUCAAAACCAAGAGGAGGGCUGGGAUGUGCAGAAUGGAUCUACACGCUUAAGGAGAGUGGAAAAUAGUGGGAAGGAGGGAGGGCAUGGGAGGACCAGGAGACAACAAAGGAAUGUGACUUAAAUUUGGUUUGUAUUUUUUUUUUUUCUUCUUAAGUCUUCUGAGGAUGAUUUCUUAUUUUCUUUAGUAUAAUUUCCAGCAUCUAAAAGCUUUAUUCUCUUUUAAUAAAAACUUUCAAUAACAGAA